CCUGAGUGAGUUCAGCGUUAAAAACCUCUCCGCGCUCAUGGGGCGCGCUCUCUAUCGUCUUUCUGUAUUUCAUUUUAUAUUUGUUUAUCAUCUUGCUCGUUAGCUUAAUAAUCCCUCACCAUGGCUUCAUUUUGAUGUAGUACGGACCGUGGUGUUAUCAGCCCAGAUAUGAUCCGAUGGAAGAUGAUUUGUUUAAACCAGCUCGCCUUCUUCUUCUUCUUCUUCUUCUUCUUGUUUUUAGCUUCAUUCGCCUGGGGCAGAAGUUUAAAAUGUUCCGAUGGGAAGCCGUGCUCGGACCGACCUCCUGUGGUACUGAUUCCAGGAGAUCUGGGCAACCAGCUGGAGGCUAAGCUAGAUAAACCCAGCGUCGUUCAUUACAUCUGUUAUAAGAAGACAGAUGAGUACUUCACGCUGUGGUUGAACCCGGACCUUUUGCUGCCAGUGGCCAUCGACUGCUGGAUCGAUAAUAUGAGGCUGAUCUACAAUCACACAACUCGAGGUACAGAAGCGCCUCCGGGUGUGGAUAUCCGGGUGCCCGGCUUCGGCCAGACGUUCGGCCUGGAAUACCUGGACCCGAGCAAACGCAGCAUGGGAAUGUACUUCUUCACCAUAGUGCAAGCCCUGGUGAAUUGGGGUUACACCAGAGAUGAAGAUGUCCGAGGAGCGCCUUACGACUGGAGAAAAGCUCCCAAUGAGAACAAGGAAUACUUCCUGAAGCUGCAGCAGAUGAUCGAGGAGAUGGCGCAGAAGUACGGUGGGCCGGUGGUCCUCGUCGCUCACAGCAUGGGCAACAUGUACACACUGUACUUCCUGAACCAGCAGCCACAGGCUUGGAAGGACAAAUACAUCAAGGCGUUUGUGUGUCUGGGUCCUCCGUGGGCCGGCGUGGUCAAGACACUGCGAGUGAUGGCCAGUGGGGAUAAUAAUCGUAUUCCGGUGAUCAGACCUGUGAAGAUCCGCACCCAGCAGCGGACUGCCGUGUCCACGGCGUGGCUCUUCCCGUACGCUCACACGUGGCCGAGCGACAUGACGCUGGUCUCCACACCCACCGCCAACUACACGGUGAAAGAUUACGAGCGUUUCUUCAAGGACAUUGGCUUCGAGGACGGCUGGGACAUGCGCCAGGAUACGGAGCCACUGGUGCAGGCUCUGGAGGCCCCCGGCGUUCCCGUGCACUGUCUGUACGGGACGGGCAUCGCCACGGCGACAGCUUACCGCUACAGCACGUUCCCAGACGCCGACCCUGAGGUGGUGAACGGCGAGGGAGACGGCACGGUGAACGUGCUGAGUGCCGUGCAGUGCAAACGCUGGAAAACCGAGCAGAAACAGCCCGUGAUUCUGAAGGAACUGCCAGGGAACGAGCACGUGGCUAUGCUGCUGAACUUCACUACCGUCACGUACAUUAAAGACGUGCUGUUCUUACCCUGACGCACACAACACUUUCAUUUUCACCUUUUUAAUUAGCAGAAAUGACCGUUCACACCUGACUGAAAGUCCUCAUUUCUGCUUUUAUCAUGAAUUUUUGCCCCGUUGAGGUUAACUACUUCUGUUUUAAAAUGUAAUGUUUACCUUUUUAAAAAGCGCUUGGCACAGAUUGCCACUUUAAUUAAGAGAAAUGAUCUGGGUCGAUUUCAUAAAUGAAAAUGCCUCAGUUCUCCUUUUUUACUAAAAAUCCUUGGCGGUUAACCACUUCUUUAUUUCUUUGUAAAUGUCCAGUGGUCACCUGUAUGUUGUAGAGUAGUUAUAUGGAUAAAUUAGUCCAGGUUAAUCCACUUGCACAUUCUUGGGCACAAUCAGAAAAAGAGGCAUCCAUGAAUUUUAUAUUUGGGUUGUUAAAAAUCCUAAAUUUAUUAUUUAUGAAAGUAUUGAUAUUUACUAUGUGAUUUAGACCAAAUGUUCUGUGCCACUUUAGAUAUCUCUUCUGCUGAUACUGAUGUGCCUGCGAUUUCUUUUUAUUAUUUUUUUCCCCUCUGAGAAGAACUGAGCUGAAUCAUGAUAGUGCUAUACUUUUAAAUUCAUACUAAUUAUACCAAAAAUCUUUUUAUUGAUUAUAAAUCAGAUGUUUAUAUUUUGAAUGUUUUUUUCCUGCUUAUAUUUCUGUUAAAUCGGACACUACAAAGACACAGCUGCUUUUGCAGACAUUAAAAUGCACAAUGCAGAGAGAACUUUGGUCAUUCCAUCAGCAGGGACCUCAUGCUGAGAUGUUUACAGAGAAAGAGUUUGUCCUUAGAAUCCUCUAUUUUGUUUUCAUACCCAGAUCAGCUUGUUAAGUUAACUUGGGUGCAGAAUCCAGACACCUCAGCGAUUACAUAUAUUUAAGAAAAGAGAGAGAUAGUAUGACGUUAUGCAGUAUAAAUUUCAGGUUUUGUAUGCAGUCAAGCUGGAGGUAUGUCUAGCAUUAUAUAUUUACAUAGCAUUAUAUUUCUAAAGAAUAGAUUUAAAAGCCUUUUAGAGUUCAUUUUGGAUCCAUUUAUUCUGUUUUGCUGGAAAACCUGUUUGUUCCAAAUUUCUGUAGUCAUUUUCACUGUUCUCAUUCUGAUGUACAAGUGGGAUCUUAACAUUUUAUUGAUUUGUUGUUUUAUGUUUGGUGUGGGUGAAAAAGGGCAUGUGAGAACUGUAUGAGUGAUCAACAGCUUUUGUGAACCUGUACAAAUCAGUAUUGUUAAUUUUAUAAGGACAAAAUGCUAUUGUUGUGCCUUUAAAACGUGUCAAGAAUAUUUGUAUUCAGUAUGGGUUGAACAGUGUGGAUUUUAAAGUUAAA